UUUAAGGAGUUGGGCAUUGCGACAUUUGAAACCUGCUCUGCAUGUAACCUGACCAAUAAAAACCCUGCAACGCGUGGAUAUCAAAAGAGUCACGCUGCACCUUUUUUUCUUCAGUUGAUACUUCAUUGGGAUCGCGUUAGGGCCGUCUUUUUCAUGCGCGAAAAAAGCGGCCUGCCUGAGACACUCAGAGAGCACUAACUCCGGUCUGCCUCGAAUUGAUUCAGUAGCUUUCGGGCUUUCGUAGCGGCUGGAUUGACAGAAACGUGUGAAUCGCUAGCGAGAUAUUCUUUCUACGCUGUCGGGGAUCAUCUUAUCAAAUCAUGAAGUACAUUCUGGUGACAGGCGGUGUGAUCAGCGGUGUAGGAAAGGGUGUAAUUGCCAGCUCGUUCGGCACUAUUCUCAAGCACUGUAACAUUCGCGUGACGUCCAUCAAAAUCGAUCCUUACAUUAACAUCGACGCCGGGACGUUUUCGCCUUACGAACACGGAGAAGUAUAUGUGCUUGAUGAUGGUGGGGAAGUGGAUCUCGACUUGGGCAAUUAUGAGCGCUUUUUGGACAUCACUCUUCAUAGGGACAAUAACGUAACCACGGGAAAGAUUUAUCAACAUGUUAUUACAAAAGAGAGACGUGGGGACUACUUAGGAAAAACAGUACAAGUGGUACCUCACAUCACUGAUGCGAUACAGGAAUGGGUGGAGAGAGUCGCAAAUCAAUCUGUAACAGAAGAUGGAGCUAAACCAGAGGUUUGCAUUGUAGAAUUAGGAGGCACUAUUGGAGAUAUAGAAGGCAUGCCAUUUGUUGAAGCAUUUAGGCAGUUUCAAUUUAGGGUGAAAAAGGAGAACUUCUGCGUCGCACAUGUAUCUUUGGUGCCACAGCCGAGAUCGACGGGUGAACACAAGACAAAACCAACUCAGUCCAGUGUGAGAGAGCUACGCGGAUUGGGUUUAUCGCCGGAUCUGAUAGUGUGCAGAUCAGAAAAUGCUAUUGGCAAUUCUGCUAAAGAGAAAAUUUCGAAUUUCUGUCAUGUCGCUCCGGAGCAGGUCAUAACUAUUCAUGACUUAUCGUCGAUAUAUCGAGUGCCGCUUAUCAUGGAUCAGCAAGGUGUCAUAGAGUUCCUCAAUGAUCGAUUGCAACUGAAUAUUGGAGUGCCCCGUCCACGCUGCUUCAUGCGAAAAUGGCGAGAUUUAGCUGAACGUGUGGAUCAUCUGCGAAAAGACGUUAAUAUUGCUCUAGUAGGCAAAUACACAAAACUCGAGGACUCUUACGCCUCUGUUACGAAAGCGUUGCAACACGCUGCCAUUGAGGCCGGAUAUAGACUGAACUUGACGUUCAUAGAAGCUGCUAAUCUAGAACAAGUUACGCUCAUGCAAUCACCAGUUUUAUAUCACGAGGCUUGGCAACAGCUUUGCAAAAGCAAUGGCGUUAUUGUACCUGGCGGCUUCGGAAAGAGAGGAAUGGAGGGGAAGAUGGAAGCAUGCAAAUGGUGCAGAAUGAACGACAAGCCGUUCCUCGGCAUUUGUCUGGGCCUGCAAGCGGCGGUUAUUGAAUUCGCGCGUAACGUAUUGAAUCUUCACACGGCGCAUACCACAGAAAUGGAUCCAAAUACCAAUUAUCCUGUAGUGAUAGACAUGCCGGAGCACAAUCAAGGGAUGAUGGGAGGAACUAUGAGGCUUGGCAAAAGACAAACGCGGUUUUAUAAUAAUAACUCUAUGUUGAAGCAAUUAUAUGAUAAUAAAGAUGUCAUAGAAGAAAGGCAUAGACAUAGGUAUGAAAUAAAUCCAGAUUAUAUUGAUAAUUUAGAAACAGCUGGCUUAAAAUUCGUAGGUCGCGACGAUGAGAAUAAACGGAUGGAAAUAGCUGAGUUGGAAGGACAUAGUUAUUAUGUAGCUACUCAGUUUCAUCCCGAGUAUCUGUCGAGGCCAUUAAAACCAUCGCCACCAUUCCUUGGUUUGAUUUUAGCCAGCGUGGGCAAACUGAAAUAUUUCUUAGCGCGAGGAUGUAAAUUUUCGCCUCGCCAAUUGAGUGAUAACGAGUCAGAUGAUGAUUACAUGAUCGAAGAAGUAACAAAACUGCACUUAUCUAGUGGUACAAGUAUGAGUGGUAGUAGUACGUCAGGUGUAAAUGAUUAAAUUACAAUUUUAUUCUUGCAAAUAUUUAUCUCAGCUUAUUUCAUUGUCUCGAAAUUUGAUCUAUCAUUGUUUAAUCUCUUUCCUAUUUCCAUAAUUCACGGUCAAAUGGGACAGAUAGAUUUGAUACACAUACAUGAAUAUGCGUGCUUGUAAUAUAUAUUGACAAGAUAAAUCGGGAUUCUAGCUUCAAAAUAAAAUCAAUACUAGUCUAACUCAUAAGACAGUAGUUAGUGGACAAAUAUACGUAUUACAAUAUACAAUCACAGUUUGUGAUAAUCUGCAAUUUAUAUCUUAAAGUGGAAAUCAAGCGUUUCUAUUACUUAUAAAUAUAUAUUCGACGAUAAACAAAUUUAGAAGAAAAAUUAUUUUAUUAAAACUCAUGUUUUGGAAUAUGCUGGGAAUUAAUAUUAUAAUUUUAGUAAGCUAAAGUGAAAUAAAUAUUUUAUAAAGAUUAAUGGAAUGUAUACGAAUAGUUUUUAUGAUAUUAUAAGUGAUUCGAAUCAUAUAUUUGUGAAAAGUCUUCAGUAUAGAAUUUAUUUCU